AUGUCUUUCAACACCAUCACAUCUUUAUUCCGGAAUGAUGAUUCCGGAGCCUAUGCACCUCUACCGACCUCCAAUAACCACGACUCAGAAAAGGAGCCCUCGUCACCAUCUGAAUCAUCAACACAGUUCUCUUCAGCAUACUCAAAAUCCUCAAGAUGGCAAAUCGAUCCCCGUACGAUAUCAGACGCAACACUAGGACUAAGCGAUGGCCUAACUGUGCCUUUCGCCUUGACAGCGUAA